AUGUUCUUCUACGAGACCGGCGAAUGCAUCAUAAACCGUGAGCGACGCAGUGACUGGCCAGAGCUGUUCAUCGAUGGCGUGCAGGACCAGCUGUGCACUGUUUCAACGGACAGCUGCACUGGAUUCGAACGGAAAGAGUACUACAUAAACCACGAGAAAGACGUCAUCAUCGAGAGCAUGAGCAUUGAAGAGUGCAAGGCAGAAAAUCUCAUUGGAACUGAAAGAUUCCCAUGCAGGGCUUUCGUCUACAAUGCUGUGCGGAGAGAACGAGUGCAUGGUGACAGCUGA